UCCCUUCUCUCCCCCUCCUUCUUCUCCUACUUCAUUCUUCUACUUCCCCCCCUCCCUCCCUCCCCCUCAUCUACACAAAAACAUCAUCAUCAUCAUUCAUCCUCUCCUCCACCCCUCAUUAUCAUCAUCUUAACGGCACUUUGUUACUUUGCCUAUCUACUCCAUCAAUUUAUUAUACCCUCUUCAACAGACAAUACUCUCACGCUCACGCGACCGUGAUACCCCCUUCAACACUCACACUCGAACAACCACAACGAAACCCCGUCGCCCACACAAAUCCUCGAAUCUCUCGCGACAGAGACCCCUCCAUAUAGGAAUACACCCAUAUCCAUCACAGAAAUCGAUGAUUAAAAACAAUAAAGGAAUGACAAACAUACACCAACAGAAAUCCUUCACACUUUAAACGACACGCCUCAGCUCGCGUUCCGAGACGAUAUUCAACCAUCGUCUUGAAGGGUAGCAUACCAUCACAGUCAUGCCUGCCACCGCUCUGAAUCCCAUCGCGGCUUCCCCUGCCGCGGCCCGGAAGUCCUCGCUCGUCCCAGAAAAGAAGUACAAAUGCCAGUUCUGCAAUCGCGCCUUCAGCAGGAGCGAACACCGCAGCAGGCACGAAAGAUCUCACACCAAAGAACGCCCGUUCAAAUGCCUGAAGUGCAGGAGUACAUUUGUCCGUAGAGAUUUACUGCUCCGACAUGACCGAACGGUCCAUGCCAAGGACGGUGGGAUCCCCCUCCACAGCGACGUGAAGCGUAGAAAGGCACCGACGAAGUCGACUAUUGCUAUCGACACCUCCGCCCUUGAGCAGAUCGAGGCAAGCAGCGAUGGCAUGGUGGACCUCGAGACGGCGGCGAUGCUGAUGACCGAUUUGCACCACAAGGCGACGGUGGCGAUGCGAAAUGCGGGUGUUGGACCCUUCGAACAAGGACCUGGAAUGGCCUUCGCCGGAAAUGGUUCUUCCCUCAUGGAGCCGUCAGUCACCUAUCCUUCCGGUGCGAUCUCCCUGCCUCAAGUGCAGUGGGAUGCGUUUAUGCCACAGUCUGGAGCAGACCGUGGCGCGCACUCGAUCUCAUCCAGCGUCUCCGGCUCUCAAGAUUCACAACGGUCGUUCACCAGCACCAGUACUGCCCAGCCCAGCCGUCUCGGUCAGAUGCACAGUCACUCGGCGUCCGCAUGCAAUGGACUGGUACCGGCGCUGCAGGCCAUGAUCGACUCGCUUCCACCGACCGCCUCCGCGACUCCCAGACAGGCAUCGCCUCACGAUUCUCCCCGACCAGCCGGCCAACUGCAGCCUCCAAAGGCCCCUCAAGUGCUGGACGAAGAGCAGCGCACCGCGAUCCUCGACAACAUCCGCAAUGCCGAUAGCGAACGCGCCCUCGUGGAGACCUUCCGUCUGCCCAACCUGACCUCGCUGAAUAGGUAUCUGUCGACGUACUUCACCCUCUUCCACCACCACCUGCCGUUCCUGCACCCAGCAUCCUUCCGCCCAACCAAAGUCUCGCCCCCGCUCCUCUUGGCCGUCCUGUCCAUCGGUGCGCUGUACGCGUUUGACCAAGAGCAGGCUUACAUGCUGCACAUCGGCGCGAAGCUGCUUGUCAACCAGUUCCUCCAGAACAAGGAGAACUUCAGCUCAAGAAAGUGCCCUCUGUGGACGAUGCAGAGCACUUUGCUAAAUAUGGUGUUUACCAGCUGGAGCGGUGAUGCGAAGGGACUGGAGUGGGCUUGUUCGAUCAAGAGUCUGCUCGCCAACAUGGUUGCCGGAAACCGCUACGAACUGAAGCUGCGCACAGAGGCCCGUGAAGGCGCUCAACCUUCAAGAGCUGAAUGGGUUGAGGAUGAGGGCUGCAGGCGCACGUACUAUGCGGUCUACAUCUUUUUCGGUCUUCUCACGCUGACUUACAACCACACGCCAGCCAUUGGCUUCAACGAGUUCGAGGACCUUCAACUGCCGUCAACAGAGUCUCUGUGGAAUCUCAAUGUCAACGACGAUGCCUCGUGGCACGAGCACCUUAUGGAAUCGCAUGUCCCUUCGUUCAUGGAGGCGCACGACAACCUCUUCCAGGGAGAAUCAUUACGCUACAGCGCUUUCGCUACUAGAGUGAUGAUCAACGCCCUCUUCCUGGAGGUCUGGUACCACAAGCGCAGCCCCGAGGCCCUUCAAGACGUCGUCACCGAGUACAAGCUUCGCCUCGCUCUGGAGACCUGGGAGAAAUCUCUGCCACUCUGCGACUCGGAGCACGUUACGGUUUCGCUGAGCGCGCCGCACAAGGGACACCCGCUAAUCUUCAACGCCCUUGCCAUGUUCCGCAACGCCCGCGCCCGCCUCGAGGUCGAUCUCAAGUCGAUACAGGAAGCUCUUAGAUACCACGAUUCGUACGAAGUUGCAGCCGCAAUGUCCAACGCCCGAAGCAAGGUGAAGCGCUCUAGCGAGAUGAUCAAGGUCAUCCAGGAGUGCUUCAACUGCCUCGAGAUUGCUGCGCUUCAGGGUAUCCGCUGGGUCGCCCGAACCUCGGCCACCAACUGGAGCAUCGAGCAUCCGCUUUGCGGUCUAGAUCUGAUGGUCAUCCUCAGUCUCUGGCUGUAUCGUCUGGAACAUGACGAGGAGCCCGCGACCGAGGAGGAACUGGCGAUGUACAACAAGGUCCGCAACCUUUUUGACGACGACUCAUUGGAUGUCUACGACUCAAAGCUCAGCUCGGCUGUUGCUCGUAUUUGGGGUGGUAUGCUUGAUGAGGUUGUCGUUUGGGGUAUCUCUCGUCUCAUGGGAGAGUCGUUUCAAUUACAUUCACAGGCCCUCGUCGGGUACGAAGAUGACAUUGAGGCUUCAUCCAACGUUUCGACCCCCUCAAUGAUCUCUCAGGGCGCCGAGGACAACGACGACAGCAUCUACUGAUUUCCUAUUUUCCUUAUCAUUUCCUAUCAUCUAUCUCUCUGUUGGAACUAGAAGUGCUUUUCACAAAUUUCGGGUGGGGCAAUGGAGCGGGGUCUGGGUUAUUCUGGGGAUCAAACAAACGGUCCUGGGGUGUGCCUGGCUGGCUUGGAAUGGGAAAGCCCGUUGAAAUCUCUUUUUCCUUUGUCGUUCUUGCAUACAGCGGUCAUAUAUCUUGCGCGUUUUCCGGCAUUUUCCUUUUGCUUUUUUCCCUGGGGUUUUUUUGGGCUAUACAAAGGACAGGCUUUUGGGGGUGGGAAAUUAUAUGGGGGAAAUCACACUUUCUCGAAAUACGCCAACCACACCUCUUUCCGGCUAUUAAUAUCUCACACAUAUUUGGCUGGUUCCAGCUAUGUUCGUUUUUAUGCCCUACUGGUUUCUGGAUUUUGCGUUUGGGGGUGGGGGUGGGGGCUGGACACUAUAAUUAAUGGCCUCUUGUUUUUCGUCUCUCUAUUAUCUCCUCUUGGUCGAUUUUGUUGUCGAUUUUGCUUUUUCAGAUACCUUGUUCGUAUAUUAUCCUUUUCCUAACAAGCUUUUUUGCUGUGCGUUAGUUUCUGCGUUGUUACUGCGUUUGUUUGGUACCUGGCAUGGAUAGGAUGGGCUUGCUAUGCUGCGAUGCGCUGUCGGUCAGGGAUUCGAGGGGAUGUCUAGUGUAAAGAUAGUGGAUCAUUUUGUGCCUUUAGCAUUUGAUAGUUUUUGGAAUCUCAAGCAUGCGGUUUUUCCCUCUUCACACCUGACUAUAUGCAGAUGAAAAUGUGAUGUUGUGCUGUUAUGUCUUGGUUGUUUAAAAAGUUGAAAUGGGGGCGGUGAGC